CCUUUUGCCAUGCGCCGUGGUUUGCGCGCCCGGCAGUUGGCAAUGCACCUGUUUUUUUGGCACACCUGGUUGUGCAAUGCAGGCGUCUAAGAGCCGCUGAGCAGCGAAAGCCGACACACCCAUCGGGCGCUCCCCGAGCCGACGCUCAAACCCUCCCACCAGAGGGAGGCGCCGCGGGACCCGGAGGCGGCAGGACCCUGGGCCUUCGCGCGCGGUGCCCCUAGCCUUCCGCGCGGGGCUCGCUUGAGGGCGCCCCAGCCACGGCACCCCACCCCCCGCAGCCGCCGGGGCAGGGGAGAGGCCCGGGGAGCAGCGGGGCUGCCAUGGCGGAGCCGGAGGCCACGGCCGAGGACCUGGGCGCCCUGAUCGACGACCUGGACUAUCUGCCGGGCCACUUCCACCUGGAGAUGCAGCUGAACUUCGAGCCGCGCUCGCCGGCCUCUCUCCGCGCUCGGGACCUGAAGCUGCAGCGGGAUGGCUUGCAGCAAGAGCUCGAGCUGGCGGCCGCCCCGCAGCGCCCCGCCGUGCGCCACCUCCUAGGAGCCUUCGCCUUCUACCUGGACCAGCUGGACGAGGCCCGCGAGCGCUUCCUCGAGGUGGCCCGCGAGGACCCGGGCAACCUCAACGCCUGGGCCAACCUGGCGCACGUGUACGGGCGGCUGGGCCAGGAGGAAGAGGAGGAGGCCUGCGCGGGGCGGCUGGCCGGCCUCAUGGGCCUGGCGGCGGAGGGCGAGGCACCUGGGGACCCCCAGCUCCGUGCCGCGCGCUGCCUGGCAGAGCAGGGCUACGCGCACGGCUUCGACGUGGGCUGCGCCAGCCCGGAGGAGCGAGCACAGGUGCUGGCUGCCGGCAUCGCGCUCUACGACAAGGCGCUGGGCUACGGGCAGCAGAUCCCAGUGGAGGAGAAAAGAGGCUGGUACUUCACCAUGGCAACGCUCUUCAUCAGGCUAGAUGGCAUCUUCCUGGAGCUGGGCAGUGAGGAGCAGAAGAGGCUGCCUGCCUUCAACCGCACUCUGGCCCUGCUCCGGCAAGUGCUCAAGUCCUCGGACCCCCACCACCAAGCUCUGGCCUGGUGCUACCUCGGGAUGCUGCUGGAGAGGAAGGACACCUUCUCCACCACCCCCAUGGGUGUCCAUGACUGCGGGUACUCGGGAACCGACCCCCUGGACUGCUUUGGCAAGGCUAUUGAGAUAGCCAAGGACCAACCCCCCAUCCUGAAUCGCCUGGCCAAAAUCUUCCACUUCCUGGGAAAGCAGGAUAUGGCCAUUGGAACCUGCAACAUGGCUCUAGAUAUCCUACGAGAUCCAGAGCUCAACUGGCAGGCAUACUGCACAAGGGCCAAGAUCCACCUCAGAGCGUACCUGCACGACCUCGAGCGGGCCAAGAUGGGGCUCGGGGGCAUGCCUGACAGGAGCCACCUGUCCUGCGCCAAGGCUGACCUGGAGGAAGUGGUCAAGGUGUGUCCGAGCCUCGAGACCUAUCUGGACAUUGGCCAGGUCUACUACUACAUGGGCGUGGACGCCGUGCAGGAGCUGCUGGCGGUGGACGAGGCGGCGCUGAACCAGGCGCUGGUCUUCCUGGCCAAGGCGGGCGAGUCGGAGCUGGGCGCCACGUUGCCCGAGCUGCAGCUGCUGCGCGGCAAGUGCCUGCGCAUCAAGGGCGAGGAGGCCAACGCGGCGGCCUGCUUCAAGCGCGCCGUGGAGCUGGACGACGCGGGCUCCAGCCACACCGACGGCUUCGGCUGCCUGCUCGAGGUGCUGCUGGCGCAGUGGAGCCAGGCGCAGCUGAGCGACACCGAGCUGGGCCGCGAGGUGGACGCGUGGCUGCGCCACGCCCAGGGCAAGUACCCCGCGGCGCGCCUGCGCCAAGAGCUGCAGCGCGUGUGGCGCGGCCACACCGGCGAGGUGCUGGGGCUGGCCCGGGCCUUAGUGGCCCAGGGACGGCCGGCGCUGGUGCGGCUGCUCUUCGAGACCAUGGAGCGGGAGGGUGACGUCCCGAGCGUGCCGCGGGGCUGCCGCGCCCUCUCCCUUUGAGGGGCGUCGAGGCCCCGCCCCAUCGAGGCCCCGCCCCACCUACAGCUGAUUGGGCGCUCAAAACGGGCCUGCCCUGCCAUAGGCCUGGCUGUGGAGCAAAGCCAAUUAGAUUCUCUUUCGGGAAUUGGGGUGGGGCGGUUGAGACCCGAGGGCAGGAGGCCUGACCGCGGAGUCACAAAGGCCUGAUGAAGGAGACCAGGGGUGGCUGGGGCACACGCGAGGGACCACCGGGAAACUGCCGUUUGAACCACUGAAUUGUGCAAAUACGCAAAAAAAGUAAGAUGGCUGCAAGAUACAGAAAAUAAUUGUCUCCGGUUUGGCGGCUUUUUAGUCCCCGUUCGCGAUCCUUGAGGCCGGAGUUCCAGUCUUUGGAUUGCCGUGAGUCACGCUCUACUCUUGCAUAAAGGCGCCUUUACAUAAAUUGACUGGAAUGGGUCUCGGGCCCCGCAGCCGGAAAAGCCAUGCCAGAGCGGAGGCCAAAGCGGCGCAGUGAUCAGAUAAGGAUAGGGUGAGAGUCUACACCUGAACGCUCAGGCCUUUUGCCUGCCUGCCCAGCAGUCUUCCAGCGGGCCUCAUCUUUGGCCAGCUUGGUUUGAAAGGUCUGCAGACUCCCUGACAUAAAGCCCAUCCAGUAGAAUCUUUGCUUGAUUUCUCUGUUCUUAGGAGACCCCAGGGUCCCCACCCAUCAGAAAGUGCAACCUGCACCCAGCCAUGAACCUUCCACAAAAGCGUGAAGAAAAGUCUUGGAAUUUUAGACUCUUGGACUCGUAGUCGUGGAGUCCUAGAUGUGGAACUUUAUUGUCCAAGACUUAGGCUCUGAUUGCCAGAUAGAAUGGCCACGCUGGAUUCUUGUGGCCCUACGUACAAGAGCCAAUUUAACCUAAAAUUCCAGAUGAAGGUCUUGCCAGACUCUGGGAAUGCUCGUUGUUCAUAACUGCAAGGGCAGGACCCCCAUAACGGUUUGUGAUUUAUUUUGCACUUUUUCCCUUUCUUUGGAGAGUUAUACCCAUUGCUUUGCUCCUGUCCCUAAUCCUCAAACUUUACCAGGGAAGGACCAGCACCCCUGAAUUGCUUCUCAUGUCUCCAGCGACAGAUGGAGAACAGACUAAGAGGUCCUUAGAGAUCAUGCGCUCCAGUCUCCUGUGUAGAUGAGGGUCCCGAGACUCCUAGAAGGGAGGUGGCUUGCCCGAAGUCACGCCUCCUAGCCUCCUAGCCUCCCACCGCUGUACUUCAUACUACUGUCAGCAUUUUGCAGGUUGGAAAAAUACUAAUAAACUGAUUGACACUAAA